CUGCGUUCCCUGCGCCUUGGCGGCAUGCAGUUCGCUGCAUGAUCCCAAGCGGGGCCAGGCGGGGCCCGCGGAAGAGGAGGUAACCCAGCAAGCUCUCCCUUUUGCGUGCGCAGGGAAUACGUGAAAGACAGUGACAGCCAUAGCCACGACUUGCUCCAACCGGUGUUUGCGGAUGGGAAUACACUCCUUGAAUUUGGAUUUAUUUAACUAAGUAAUCGGAUAGAUUGACAGGUAGAGAGAGAUAGAUAGAUAGAUAGAUAGAUAAAGAGAGAGAGAGAGAGAGAGAGAGAGAGAGAGAGAGAGAGAGAGAGAGAGAUCCAAGGAAGGCAGGAAGUGGCCCAUGCUGAGGAGGACAAGAAGGUGUAGAGUUAUAGGGACAUUUUAUGCACUGCACCGCCUUCUUUACUGAGCACAAGGUUGAGAAAUGGCGAGUGUCGCCGCCGCCAUCGAUAGGGCUGCGCAUGUGAACGUUGAUGCUUCUCUCUACUGGAACUCCCACUCUGAACUCUUCGAGUACAUUGAGAAAUAUGGACAAGAGCCGAGGGAAGACGCCGGCCAAGACUUGUCAGAAGAAGCAGAACAUCGGCAAGAAUCGCGAGCGAAGCAAUUUGCAAGCAAGCUGGAGGCUCAUCAUGAAUGGCUGCUCAACACCUUCACAAUGUUCAAGGGCCCAAGCGAAAGCUCGAAAUCAGCUUUGAAUGAUCGUGCUCUCAAGCUAGGGAGUCGCAUGGUCACAAUCAAAGAAGAAAUCAAGGCUGCCGCACUGCAAGUGAGCACCCACCUGGAUCUUGACCAGGUGCAGAGCUACAUCCUAGUGGCAAGAUUUGUCCGUGUGGAUAGAGGAGGUGUUGCUCUGCCACCAGUGGACAGAGCUUUUCUGGAGAAGGUGUCACUGUUUUACUACGUGGAGAGGCAGUGCUUGCUAAAAUGUUUGCGGAGUCUUUUGACCUUUCAAGAGGCGAGAGAUAGUGAUGUCUCGAGAUAUAUCAGCAUAAUGAGGCCAGAGGUCCAGAAGCUGGUGGCUGAGAAAGUUGAGGACAAGAUUGUUCAAAUCCUUAAGAAGCAUGUCACGUCAAGCCGGCCAAAACAUGUGACAGACUUUGAAGGAUUCGAUGUGCUGGUGGAGAUUUUAUGUGAUAUAUUUAGACGUGAGGAGGAACUCUGUUCAGCAUUCUGGGCGAGCGACAGUGAACUUGACGGACCUAUCAGAAGCUUCAUGUUUUCCAUUCACAAGCAAUUUCCUUGUGUCAUCGUGCCACUGCUAGAGCUGCUCAGAUCUCAGUGUGAAGGAGCGUGGGCUGCCGAAUGCGUGUAUGACUUCCUCCAUCGGCUUACACCUAUGGCUUCCAUGUACGAGCUUCCAAGUGGUGCAUUUGAUGAGCAGGAUGCAACGAGUGUUAGAACUCCGAAGGAUUUGACUGUUCCAGGUGCCCCAGGGCUCCUGAUUCCAGCAGGUACUUCCGGCCAGAUUCUGAGGUCAAUGGACAAUUUCGUCGUGCUUGUGCAAUGGCAGUGUGAACACAGCAGUAUACUGGUGCUUCUGCUGCGAAUGGCGGAAAUUGUGAAGCAAGGUCCUGGUCUGCAGAGUGAUGAUUCUGGUAUCCGAGAACUGCGAGCGUUUCUGUCAUUGUUGGACAAAAUGCUUGAGGCAAACCAUGUUCUUGCCCAGCUCCUCCUUGAUCUGGAUCAUUCUGCUGUGGUUGAGGUGACCCAAUCAUUGGGAAGGGUGCAGGAUCGUCUUUCUGGAAACAUCAGCGUGGUGAAGAUGAUAUGCCUGGUCGUCCAUGAGCUUGUUCUCCAUUUUCCUGAUGUGGAGAUGAUUGCGGCAUGUUUGCGGAUUCUCUCCAGCUUCGUCCCCUGCUAUCCAGAUAUGGUCCUUCAGGAAAUAAGCAAGACAAGCUUACUGCAACCAGCCAUGGAUGUUGAUGGGCUGCCCUCCAGUGGAGAAUGGGCUUUGGCAAACAGUCAGAUCCAUAACUUGUUGCUAUCGUCGGAGCAGACUCGUGGGUUGUAUCCUCUCACCCUUGCAGCCCUGCAGUUUAUGCAAGCUUUGGUAGACAGAGGUCUCUACUCGGGAGCAGCAGGAGGUCUUGUGCUGUAUAUGGAGACUGAGAUACUUGUUAAACAUGCAACAUGGCGUUAUCUUCGAAGAGUUGAGCGGUGGCAGAUCUCUGCUAAGGUGCUGCAAGUGUUGCAGAGUGUCAUUGGUGCAGAACUGACAUCUGAAGAAGGGACACAGUUGAAGAGGAUGGUUACAGAGUCGCUUCUUCACGACACACUAGUCUUGAAUGCCUUGUUCCAGGUUCUUGCUGUCGACACUCAUGGCCUCCAGGAACUCCAGUACAACCGCACAGUUGGAAGGGCAGAGAUUGAGGCUGUUGAAGAAGCCAUAUGCGCCUUGCUGAAUUUGCUCAGCCAAGUUGUGGAGAAUGUCAAUGCAAUUGCAAGUAUAAGCAAGAAGGACCUCCCUCCAAUGUCUCCUCUGGAGGUUGCUAUCUUCAACAGAUCACUGGGGUCGGAGCCUAUGGUCUCUGUAAUUGCGUCAUUUCUGCAGUACAGUCAUUGCAUGAGCUUGCCUGAAGCUGCUGCUAAACUUUUGUCAAAUUUAUGCCCUGCUGCAUGGCGAGCAAGGCCUCAUCCCGUCACUCUUGCAAGUUACCUCUCCAGCUCUGGGCAGGCUCUGCAAUUGCAGCGUGCAUUAGCCAGUUUACUCGAGGAAGAAACAGCUUUGACUCUCCCGACACUCUUUUCGGCAGUUAUACAUCUUCUGGUUUCUGCAACUGAAUGGCAGCCUACACUUGUGGAAUUGCUACUGUUCCCACCAGAGGUCCCAUCUUCCGCGAACGCAUCUGGCACUGGGAGGCCCACUUCAGAUUCAGAUAUGGCAGCUACCUCGGGAUCAACAUCUCCAUCUGCUUUUGAAAAUGGACUUGAUGCGCUGUGGGCCAUAGUACGCAGCUCUGACAGACUCUUGAAAAGCAAUCCGCGGGUGCUGUCUGAAGUACUCUUCUUGCUAGCGUCUAUGUGGCAAUCUGGAUCAGUUCUUUAUCGACUCAUUGAUGCUGUACGAGCGAAGACAACAUUUUGGCAGUCCAUUUCCUCAUGCCUGUUUUCUCAGUCAUCGGAAGAGGUCCUGCUGCGUGCAAUGUCAAAGGGCCCUGCACCAUUAUCAUCCAAUAUUAACAAGGAUUGGGCAGCAGUCAUUGGAUCAAGCACGAUGGAACUGGAUAGCCACCAUGUGAGCAAUGCCACUUUGAAAAAGCAGGAGCUGCUUUUCCUGGCGUAUCACCUUCAAUGUGAAGCAUCAGUGCUGCAACUUGUUUCUUUUGACAUCUUCCUUCAUCAGCACAUGGUGGAUGCUAAUGCCACGAGUAAAGAGAAGGAAACAGGCAAGUUGUUGCUGCUGGAGGAUGGACAGGGGGGAGGCUUAGCGUCCAGUAAGGAGGCAGGUAUGACGGCUGCACUCCAGGGUCUACAAGUGAUAUUGGAAUGGUCAAAGCACUCAUCUCUGAGUCCUGCUUCGGUGAUGCGGCGGUAUACUUUGAGUUUGUAUGAUAAGGAGACUCAGCGACGAGCUCAGGAAGAGGCAAGGGCACUAGUUGUCGGCAUUAUGGCACAGUGGAUGACGGGCUAUGAGAGGGGCCUCCACAUGGAGCUGAGUAGGCGCAUUGCGGACAUUUCCAGAAAGAUAUCCGAGUUGCCUCUCAUGAAGGAGCUUGUAGGGCAGUACUCAUCUCGAAUGUACAGUAAGAGAGGAAUGACUGCCGAAGCACUGGUGAUGAGCGACGUUUAUCAUCACCUGUGCGGAGAACUGGAGGGUGGCAGGGAGGUACCACCGGGUGCCUUCCGUGAGCUGUCGGAUCUGCUCAAAGAUUCCUACAGUCUGCUGAAGAAUGUGUCUUCAGCAAAAGGGCCAUCGUCACGCAGACAUCCCCUGUAUGGUGACCGAUUCUGCUAUGAUGUCGAAGUGAUCUCCAGCUGGCUUGGCUAUGAGUGGUGGAUUGAAGUGCCACAGCAGGUAGUUUCCGGGACAGUUGUGGAGGGUACACUAAGGUCUAUGCGAAGAGCAAAUGCAGUCUUGUCAGCAAGCAAUGCCCAGUUAUUGGCGCUAAAUGCCUGGGAGGCGGUGAUGGCUGUAGCCAUGUUUGAUUGUCGCGGCGAGAUACGGUGCAGUUCGGGACCAGAUGCAGACUCCUGGAAGUUGAAAGAUAUUGCAGACUCUAUUCAUGAGCUGUGCAAAGCAUUGGAGCAUUCCUCUCGAGCAAUAGGGUCUGCGGCAGUUUGUCAUGGGUACCUUCAUUCCAUCACUGCGGCACAAGCAAGAUUGCUGGUUGUGUUCCUCAGAUUGUGGUGCCCAAUGGCCAGACGGACGGAACAAGGACCCUCGGAAUCUCUUGCAUUGGCAAUUGUGCAGCCAAACGACAGCAGAGUUAAGUCUUACAGGGGGAAGGGGCCCAUGCCUACUGAGGAAAGGGGAAGCAUUGAUGCUGCUGGAGUCGCCUUGUGCGCUCAGGUUGUGAAGACAGCUGUACUUGGGUUGAAGGUGCAUGCGGCCAGCCAAGGCAGCUUCAGGAGGGAGGAGAAGGAGUCAGUGAUCCCGUUGCUUUCAGCCUUCCUGCUAGUGCUCGAGCAUUUGCGCUCGUCAAUGGGGGAAUCGGGAAACGGAGAGAACAAGGGAUUGCACGAGAAUGCUAUGGACUGUGGAAUGGAUGCAACUGACGCAUAUGCCGAGGUCAUUCUUAAUGGGUUGAGUGCGCUUCCACUCCUUUGUCUCUCGGCGUUUAAUAAGGACUACUCAAGCUUGUCGAUUGCGAUCAUCAAUUUACUUUGCCGGAACUAUUUGGCACCGCCAACGUGGCUUCCGAUUGUCAGCCGCCACUUUUCGUUCCCGGACAUCAUCGGUAGGCUCCUAAUAGGAUCACCGCGGCAGUUUGACGACUCGGUCCUGGGGUUCUUCUUGUCCAUGACGCAGAUGGAGGAAGGUGCUCGUCUUCUCCAGGAUGUGCAAAUCAUAAAGAAGCUGAGCAAGUUUGUCCAAGCAAUGGAGAGGAAGCAGUGGCUUACACCGGAGUCAAUAGAAGGUCCAUUCUCUGGCAUCAGGCCGGAGGCAGAGCGGGAGGGAGAAUGGCAACUGACCAUCUCGAUUGUUGCAUCUGUGCUGGACACGCUAGAGGGCAAAGAGGAGUCUGUCGGCGUUGUCGAGCAUGCUCUCGACUUUGUUGGUACCCAUUCUGAUCUCCUCCUUUCAGCCUUCCAUGUUGUGCCUGCAGCGACUAUCAGCAAGGGUAGAGAAGCUCUAGGAAGCGCAAGCUCCAGAGGAGGGCAUGGUGCGUCAGCAGGGUUCGAACCAUGGGUUUGCACGUCCAUGGCUUCCUUGGGAAGGACAGAGCGGGUUGUCUUGCUGCUUUGUGGGAUGGCACGUCACACCGCGCGAUGGACUCAUCUGUUACCUGGGUCACAGGAUGCCUUCAAGCAAGGGUGUAUGAGGGUUCUUGCGUACAUCGCUCGUGAGGGUGCUGGACGGUUGGGCAAGGGUGCAGGUGCCGGGGCUCCAGGUCUCAGCUGCACCCCAAAUUCCAGGGAAGAGCGUAUGGCGACCAAGCGCGAUGGACUAGUUGGCAGCAAGAAGGGAUGGUUCUUUAUCUGUGAAGUGGGUGCCACACGAGUCUCAGCCAGUUCUGCUUCCAGGGCAAGAGCACUGAAGGCACCUGUCCCAACACCAAUCCCAAGUGUGAAGAGAGGGGAAACACUCAGCAUGAGUCGAACCCAUUCAUUCAACGGACCAUCUUCCACAGCAAUUGUCAUUCGCAAUAGCACAACUGGGGAAAUGGGCACCGAUAAGGUUGGAAACAGGAAGGAGGACUCCGCUAGACCAAGCCAGUACUCGGAUGAUUUGGCAAUCCAUGUUUAUCGCCUGGCGCUGCUCAUCCUAAAAUUUCUGUGCAUGCUUGCACAGGAGCCGCUGUCCACAAUGGAAGAGAGAGGUCACUAUGACUAUUCACAGUUUCCAGAGCUCCCCUCACCUGAAGUUCUUCACGCAUUGCAGGACCAAUGCAUGGCAAUUUUACUGGAGAUUGGAGAAAGAGAGAGUGGGGAUAUUGGUAACCCCUGCUUGCAACGGGUGUGCUUGAUGCUUGCCGCCAUCAUCGAAAGGACGCUGUACCUGGAAGCGUGUGCGGUAAAAGCUUAUGGAAUUGUGCCAUCACCGAUGAGGACUCACAGCUUUGAGAAGUAUUACUCGCAAUUGCGGCCGCUUCUUCAAGCCAAUCGCUUCUUGGACGCAACGCUGACAUCACUACGAUCAGUUGUACCGAUAGUGCACACAGGAGUAAUGUGAAGGUGGGUGGCGUGUUCCCAGUUCUUCUAGCCGGUCGCUUCUUGGAGGCAACGCUGACAUCACUACGAUCUGGUGUAUGGAAAGUGCACACAGGAGUAAUGUGAUGCAGUUAUAUUUUCUCUGUAAUGAAAUGAAUGCUUGCAUUCUUUGUCUAGUUUUAAAUCAGGAGUCAAACUGGCAGCGAGCCGGAUGCUCCCGAUUAGGAAGCUACUCGGGAGAUCCAAAUGAAGGAUCACAAAGAGUAAAGUAAAAAGGUCAGGCGAGGGAACGGGGAGUCGACCGAGAGGGAGAAAGGAUUGGGGUAAGAAGGUAGGAAUAGGAAGGAGGAGCUAAGUUAGAAAUGCGGCGGAAAUGCGGCGGAAAUGCUGCGGAAAUGGUGAAUGGAAACCAGGCGAGAGUUGUCAUCAAACAGGGUAUUAUACCUUUUUUCAAGUUUUUUGUUCAUUUUCAGAAUAUUGUUGCAUGCCCGUCAGGUUCCAUGUGUGUGCCAUUCUACAAGUGGGCAGUGAGGUGUGUAUAUGGAAGCGAUGUGUUCUGUGGUGGCUUUAGGUAGGACUUUUGAGCCGUCUUCGCUGGUGAUAUGAACUUCCGUGUCUUUGACGGCCAUUCGUAUUUUGUUGUAGAUCCUCGUGAGGGCCCGUUUGGGGCAUCCGCCAUGCAUAACGAAAAGGCCAUUUUAUCCCAACGCCCCCGACUUACCUUGAAAUCCUCGCUAAAGCGGCUAAACCCUUUUCUUGCGGACCGUGCACGUGAUUUCAAUCCGAUGGCAUCAAUCCCGGAUUGAAAUCCGAUGGGUGGACAAUGUUUUGUGCCGGAGUAAAUAGCCAACCCUUUUCUUGCGGACCGUGCACGUGAAUUUCAAGCCGAUGGCCCAGGUGGACAAUGUUGAGUGCCGGAGGGAAAAGAUGUGAUGAGUAGUAUGUACAGAAAGUCCACAUGCAGCUCAGGACAUUGCAGCAUAUGCGUAGUAUGGCAGGCAGCUGGAACAGCCUCAGUUUUCAUUUGUACGUAAGCGUCAAGAGAGUUGUGCUGCAACUGUGAGUGAGGGGAAGAGCAGACUGGGCGGAGCGGGGGAUAGUCGUCACUGUGAGUGAUUCAAUGUUUUGAAACAAAAUCUAAAGGGGGGGGGGGGGGGGGAGGGGAGGGGGGAAGAAGAGGGGGAGAGAAGGCUCCACAGCAAGGGGGUAUGAGAACACGGACAGAAGGGGAGGUAUUCCCAAAACAGAGGUUGACAGAGGGCAUGGAAGGUAAGAGGUGGGGAGUAUGGAGGGAGAGGUGGUGGGAAAGAAUCAUUGCAUGGCAGGUAAGAGGAGAGGUGGGGAGUAUAGAGGGAGAGGUGGUGGGAAAGAGAGAGAAAUUCAGAAAGAGUGGUAGCAAGGGAAGUGGUCCUUGCACUCAGCCAGCUGUUCCUAACAGUUGCAUACAGCUGGCGUCUUCUUCUUUUGAUGAUUGGCGUUGAUCGAUGAUAGCGCAGCCAGUGGUGUCGUAGUGAGCUCAACCUUUCUCCUCAGCACUCUCUACCCUCUCCCCAUGCUUGCUCAUGGGUUUUCAGUCCAACCUUUCCCUUAGCAGUUGCUACCGCAGUCGCUACCUUCUCCCAAUGCUUGCUCAUGGGGUUUCACUUCAACCUUUCUGCUCAGCAGUCUCUACCUUCUCCGGGUUCUCCCCAUGCUUGCUCAUUGAUUUUCAGUUGGACUUCAGUUUUCCAGUGCCACUGUCUUCCCUCGAACAUAACACGUCCUCAUAAUGAAUGUAUGCAAGCUAU